AUGACGGCGACCCCCGAAAGCCUCUUCCCUACUGGGGAUGACCUGGACUCCAGCCAGUUACAGAUGGAAUCCGAUGAGGUGGACACUCUGAGGGAGGGAGAGGACCCAGCUGACCGGAUGCACCCGUUUCUGGCCAUCUAUAACCUUCAGCCUCUGAAAGCGCACCCCUUGGUGUUCGCUCCUGGGGUCCCUGUCACAGCCCAGGUGGUGGGCACUGAAAGAUACACCAGUGGAUCCAAGGUAGGAACCAGCACUCUCUAUUCUGUUCGCUUGACUCAUGGCGACUUUACCUGGACAACCAAGAAGAAGUUCCGUCAUUUCCAGGAGCUGCAUCGGGACCUCCUAAGACACAAAGUCUUGAUGAGUCUGCUUCCUCUGGCUCGCUUUGCUGUUGCCUAUUCUCCAGCCCGAGAGGCAGCCAACAGAGAGAUGCCCUCUCUGCCCCGAGCAGGUCCUGAGGGCUCCACCAGACAUGCAGCCAGCAAACAGAAGUACCUGGAGAAUUAUCUCAACCGCCUCCUGACCAUGUCUUUCUACCGCAACUACCAUGCCAUGACAGAGUUCCUGGAAGUCAGUCAGCUAUCCUUUAUCCCAGACCUGGGCCCCAAAGGACUGGAGGGGGUGAUCCGGAAGCGCUCAGGAGGCCACCGUGUUCCUGGCCUCACCUGCUGUGGCCGAGACCAAGUGUGUUAUCGCUGGUCCAAGAGGUGGCUGGUGGUGAAGGACUCCUUCCUGCUGUACAUAUGCCUUGAGACUGGCACCAUCUCAUUUGUUCAGCUCUUCGACCCUGGCUUUGAGGUGCAGGUGGGGAAAAGGAGCACAGAGACACGAUACGGGGUGCGGAUUGACACCUCCCACAGGUCCCUGAUUCUCAAGUGCAGCAGCUACCGGCAGGCACGGUGGUGGAGCCAGGAAAUUACCGAGCUGGCACAGGGCCCAGGCAGAGACUUUGUGCAGCUGCACCGGCAUGACAGCUAUGCCCCGCCCCGACCUGGGACAUUGGCCCGGUGGUUUGUGAAUGGGGCAGGUUACUUUGCUGCUGUGGCAGAUGCCAUCUUACGUGCUCGAGAGGAGAUUUUCAUCACAGACUGGUGGUUGAGUCCUGAGGUUUACUUGAAGCGUCCGGCCCACUCAGAUGACUGGAGACUGGACAUUAUGCUUAAGAGGAAGGCGGAGGAGGGUGUUCGUGUAUCCAUACUGCUCUUUAAAGAAGUGGAAUUGGCCUUGGGCAUCAACAGUGGCUAUAGCAAGAGGGCUCUGAUGCUGCUGCAUCCCAACAUAAAGGUGAUGCGCCAUCCAGACCAGGUCACGUUGUGGGCCCAUCAUGAGAAGCUGCUGGUAGUAGACCAAGUAGUGGCCUUCUUGGGGGGGCUGGACCUUGCCUAUGGCCGCUGGGAUGACCUGCACUACCGACUGACUGACCUUGGAGACUCUUCUGAAUCAACCGCCUCCCAGCCUCCUCCCACCCUGUGUCCAGACUCUUCAGCUACCCCAGACCUCUCUCACAACCAAUUCUUUUGGCUGGGCAAGGAUUACAGCAAUCUUAUCGCCAAGGACUGGGUGCAGCUCGACCGGCCUUUUGAAGAUUUCAUUGACAGAGAAACCACACCCCGGAUGCCCUGGCGGGAUGUUGGGGUGGUUGUUCAUGGCCUACCCGCCCGGGACCUCUCUCGGCACUUCAUCCAGCGCUGGAACUUCACAAAGACCACCAAGGUCAAGUACAAGACAGCCAGAUACCCCUACCUGCUGCCCAAGUCCACCAGCACUGCAAACCAGCUUCCCUUUACACUCCCAGGAGGGCAGUGUACCACUGUGCAGGUCUUGCGGUCAGUGGACCGCUGGUCAGCAGGGACUUUGGAGAACUCCAUCCUCAAUGCCUACCUGCACACAAUCAGGGAGAGCCAGCACUUCCUCUACAUUGAGAAUCAGUUCUUCAUUAGCUGCUCAGAUGGGCGGACAGUUCUGAACAAAGUGGGUGAUGAGAUUGUGGACAGAAUCCUGAAGGCCCACAAACAGGGGCAGUGUUUCCGAGUCUACGUGCUUUUGCCCUUGCUCCCGGGCUUUGAGGGUGACAUCUCCACAGGUGGUGGUAAUUCCAUCCAGGCCAUUCUACACUUUACUUACAGGACCCUGUGUCGUGGGGAGUAUUCAAUCCUACAUCGCCUCAAAGCAGCCAUGGGGACAGCAUGGCGGGACUAUAUUUCCAUCUGUGGGCUUCGCACACAUGGAGAGUUGGGUGGGCACCCCGUCUCAGAGCUCAUCUACAUCCAUAGCAAGAUGCUCAUUGCGGAUGACCGGACAGUCAUCAUUGGUUCUGCAAACAUCAAUGACCGGAGCUUGCUGGGGAAGCGGGACAGUGAGCUGGCUGUGCUGAUCGAGGAUACAGAGAUGGAACCAUCCCUCAUGGAUGGGGUGGAGUAUCAGGCAGGCAGGUUUGCCUUGAGUUUGCGGAAGCACUGCUUCAGCGUGAUUCUUGGAGCAAAUGCCCGACCAGACAUGGAUCUCCGAGACCCUGUCUGUGAUGACUUCUUCCAGUUAUGGCAAGAGACAGCUGAGAGCAAUGCCAAUAUUUAUGAGCAGAUCUUCCGCUGCCUGCCAUCCAACGCCACUCGUUCCCUGCGGACACUCCGAGAGUAUGUGACCGUAGAGCCCCUGGCCAUAGUCAGCCCUCCUUUGGCCCGGUCUGAGCUCACCCAGGUCCAAGGCCACCUGGUCCACUUCCCCCUCAAGUUCCUAGAGGAUGAAUCUUUGCUGCCUCCCCUGGGUAGCAAGGAGAGCAUGAUACCCCUAGAAGUGUGGACAUAGCUGAGGUGGGCCCCAGAGGGGAAGAAUUUAUCAGCUGCUGGGCUCCACCAUGCCUGG